UGUUUGAAGCUCAUUUGUUGUCAGUUUUUCACAUGUUUAAUUGGAUACUUAUACUAAAUGUAGGAUUUAGCUUUACUCAAAGUCACAGCUGUCUUACAAUUUCCAAAUAUUUAGUACUUUAGCAAUUUUGACCUAAAAUGGGCCUUUUUUUAGUGUUGUUUCAUAGUUUAGAGCACAAAAGGUAGCAUUUAGCACACAGUUAAACCUUUUAUCUGCAGUUUGAUCAUAAUUUAGCACUUUUACAUUGUUUUGCUGCACUGAACAAAAUUUUGGCUGUCUUUGUAGUAAAAAUGAUUCAUCUUUCCUCUCCUGUAUUUGUCUAGUCGUGUCACUUCCACAGGUGUAGUCAGAGGCUGCAGAAGCAACAGUUUGGACUUUAGAAGUUCUAAUCGGAUCAUGCAUGAGAUCUGCAGAUGCUGCUUCUAUUCUACCGGGAAGCUCCUGUAUAUCCAGUUAUCUGCUGAUGCUUUUCAGCAAUAAACAGAAGGCUGAAGCAGAGGAGGACCUCUGAUAGUCAGAGCCGUCUGUCGGUGCUCGUGUGGUGCAGUCAGUCCCUUUUAUGGCCCACAUUCUCUUCUGGCUGCUGCGGCUAUUAAUACACGGCGGCUCGAGAGCCGGCGUGGCGGUCUGAGUGCAAAGUGGUGCUUGUGAUGACUGGCACUUGUUGAGUGGGAGCGUUUCUUCUGCAGGCUGAUGGCGAUGGUUUCUCAGUUUCCUGCAGACUCUGGUUUAUUUUUCUCUGAUGUAUUCAUCAGGCGAUGAAGUUCAUCAAAUAUAUGAUGUGUUUCUCAAGAUAAAAUCCAAAGCUGGGUCUGUGGUCAGCAGAUUACGUCUCUGUUUAGGGUUGAAAUCCCUCCCCAAACACCACCAGCAUCAUGUGAGGUCAGCAGCCCCACCCUUGUUGCUGUCACAGUAAUGGCAGAUGCUUUAACUCCACCCGCAGUGCUCUCAGUUCUUCAACUUCGCCUUCAGAUGAUCGUAAAUUUCAGCUGCUGACUCAGCGUCUGACUGCGCUUCAGCCUGGUCCCCUUCCAGCAUCGGGUCUGAGUGGUUCUGGACUCUUGCUGGGAUUUUACAUCACCCUCCCGUCACGCCUGCUGGGUUUUGGCCGUGUAGAGGGAAGGGGGGGGUGGCUGGAUCCGGGCCUGGUGCUAAACUGUGAUUUACGUGGGUCAGUGAGUGUUUGGACAGCCCGAGGAGGCCGUCACGCUCCACCUGCCAGGUGUUGGUCGACCUCCAGCCCGUCUGCUCUUUUAUACCGUCCUUUUCUUUCUCGUCUCCUUGUCGUCUGUUAUGAAACAGACUGCAGCUCCUCCACUCCUCCGCCCUCCAUCUCUCCUCUGCCUCCACGUCCUUGCAGAAGCACAAAGCAUCCUUUCUCUCCUGUCUGGUCCUCGCAGCGUCCGGCGGCUCUCAUUGGUCAGUCACCGGACAGAGCGUCUAGCCAAGUGUGAUGACAUUGAUGCUCAUCUCCACGACUCUGAAGGAAACAACAGCUACAGCCGCUGAAGUCUGCUUUGAUUUUCUCUGCUUUGAUGUCUGUUGCUGAUGAGUAUGUGCGCCCAUGUUUGCGCUCUCCAACUGAAAAGAUCUUUUUCAAGUUUUUGCUGCAGCCAGUGAUCGGUUGCUACAUUUCUCACAUCGCCAUGGCAACUGCAGGGAAACAUUUCCUAAAAACGAUUGCACCUCUUCAGAGAUUUACGAUUUUCCGGGUGGCCACGGAUCCUAAAAAGUCUUAAAAGCUCUGCCCUUGCAGUUGGACUCUCACCCCUUCCGGAUCGGAGACAAGUCUUCAGGAAAAGACGUCCCGACGUCGGACGACUCCGCCGUCUCGGACCUCUCUCCCAAAACAGACUCCGCCCCCACAAAGACAGAUGCCUCCUCCUCCAGGACAGAAGCCAGGCCGUCCACCCCUGGCUCCGGCAGCAGCCCCCAGCCCAAGAAAGACUCCAUGAGCUCGGAGCAGCGACAGAAACUCACCAAGGAGCGGCGGGAAGAACGAGCCCGAUAUAUCGAACAGCAAACUGAGCUGCAAGCUGCUAAGAAGGCCCAGUGGCUGGAAAAGGAGGAGAAGGCCCGCCGGCUGAGGGAGAACCAGCUGGAGGAGCGCAGGAGGAAGCUGGAGGAGCAGCGGCUAAAGGCAGAGAAACGUCGGACUCUGCUGGAGGAGAAGCAAAGACAGAAACUCGAGAAGAACAAGGAACGCUAUGAGGCCGCCAUCAAGAGAUCCACUAAGAAAACAUGGGCAGAGAUCCGCCAGCAGAGGUGGUCCUGGGCCGGCGGACUCAACCAGACCUCGCGCAGAGAAAGCAGAUGCUCGGCCUCCACGGUCAACUUGCCGAGACAGGUGGACCCUGUCAUUAACAACAGGCUGUCCAAGUCCUCAGCCACGCUCUGGAACUCCCCCAACAGAACCCGCAGCCUUCGCCUGAGCCCAUGGGAGAGCCGGAUUGUGGAGCGGCUCAUGACGCCAACUCUGUCCUUCCUCGCUCGCAGCCGCAGCGCCGCCACCCUCCUCAACAGCAGCGACGCCCACUCUCACCAAUGCUCCCGUUCAGCCUCGGCCAGCCCGCUCAGCGCCUGCUCGCAUCAGCACCGCAACGCCGGCGAGCGCUGGAGAGCCUCCUCUGCCAGCACGCCGGACAUCACACAGCGGCAGCGACGGCGCAACUCCACGCCGGUGGAUAAAAAGAAGAAGGAGAAGAAGGACAAGGAGCGGGAGAACGAGAAGGAGAAAAACGCUCUUACGAAAGAAAGAGUGCAGAAAAAAAGACAGACGGCGUCCCCAACCGGCACCAACCACAGAUCCAGACAAGAGAGCAGCACCCCCAGGCCCAAGAACAGACCUCCCUCUCCCGCUCCUAAAAGCCGGCCCCUCUCUCCUCUGGUCCCAGCCGGCAGGAAGGCUCCUCCUGCAUCUGGCACAAAGACUCGGCCAAAACGGGCUCAGACACCAGUCCGGGUGCAGCCUCCGGUGGUUGCUGCGGUUGCCGUGGAGACCGGACCGGCACCUCCAGCGGCGGACCAAGCAGAAGAGAGGAAGACUGGCCGCAACGUUCCCGCCAUUGUGGUGUCCUCCGUCGCCGCCACUCCACCUUCAAUGAGCCCUCAGGUCCAGGCAGGACCUCCUCCAUCGGUACCAAGCUCACAGCCGGCGCCUGCCCCGGUCGCACCCACCAGCAAACCGUCGGCAGGCACCAACGACCCUGAGGAGGCGGCCCGGACCCUGGCAGAGAAGAGACGACAAGCCCGGGAGCAGCGAGAGCGGGAGGAGCAGGAGCGCCUAGAGCAGGAGCGCCACAGCAGGCUCCUGCGGGAGGAGGCCAUGGCUCGGGAGGCGGAGGAGAGGAAGCGCAGAGAGGAGGAGGCCCGCUUCAUGGCAGAGCAGCAGCGGCUGAGAGAUGAAGCCCAGCAAGCUCAGGAGGAGGAGGAGGCGCAGGCUAGAGCCAAGGCCGAGGAAGAGGAGAACGAGAGGCUGCAGAAGCAGAGGGAAGAGGCCGAAGCCAAAACCCGGGAGGAGUCUGAGCGCCAGCGCCUGGAGCGGGAGAAGCACUUCCAGAAGGAGGAACAGGAGCGACUGGAGAGAAAGAGGCGUCUGGAGGAGAUCAUGAAGAGGACUCGCAAGAGCGAAGCAGGAGAGAAGAGAGACGCCAGAGGACCUCCCCAGGUCAACGGCUCAGAGCCCCAACAAGCCCCUGGGAACCUGCAGGUCCCCGCUGCUGCGUCGCAAGCAGGCAACAUGGUCGUUAACGGUGUUCAGCCCGCCACUCAUCACAACGGCGUCUCCACAGACGCAAACCUGGGGAUCCUCCAGCAGCAGCAGCCGAGUGGCCGCGUCGGAGAGCCGCGGCUGACCUUUGAGGGGGCGGAGCCCUUCAUAAUGAAGACGGCCCCGAUGAAGCCGCAGCAUGUUGCCGAGGUCCUGUGAGUCGUCACGGCAACAAGCAUCUCUGCCGGAGCUGAGAGAUAACACGCACACAUACACAUGUACACAUGCGCACACGCAUAGCAGCUUCCGGAAAAACUGAGUGCCAAACAAGCGGAAUGACCCAGAGGAAGAGGAGCUGACCUUUGAACCCUCAAACUGAAGCACUUGGAUAUGGGUUUUUUUUCUUCUAGGUUUACUCAGACGUCACCUGCAGAUCUGAUGACGCACCUUAAAGAUGGCUGACUGUAUCAAAGUCUUGAACUGCGCUCUGCGACCCGGAUCAGUGGUUGCUAUUAUUACCGUCUGUGAUGUUGUCCUUGUAAUCUUACGUUGAACUGUGCGUUUGCUGUUUUCUGUCUUGGAUUUAUUUAACGCUGCAGCGGCGGGUAGAAAUGUAAAGAACGCCCCCCCAGCUGCAGGACGCCUGUGAAAUAAAGCUUUAUGACCGAGA